AUGACAUCCAUCGUUCUACGAGAAAACCCAAGCCUGGACGACCAGACAUGGGAGUUCACCUUCGCCCUAGGCUCUCUUCGAAACUCGGCACGGCCAGGGUACGGCAAGAUGCUUUCAUUACACGUCGACCAUAUUACAUUGCGGAUGGAGCGAUUCCCUUCCAAUCGUAUUCUGCAUCUGGACGAUCCAACCAAGUUCGUGCUGCUCACAAUCGAUAGGCGGUUUCGGUUUCCAGAACAGCCGAUGAGAGUCGCCGUGGAUUAUGUCGUUCGAAUGUUUAAGCGAGGUGUCUUUUUGAAUGGUACCCAGUACCGAUUCUAUGGCCACAGUAACAGUCAGUUGAGAGGACGUUCAUGCUUUCUUCGCGAGGCCAAUUCAGACGAGGAGCUCGAUGCAAGGCUUUAUGCGAUGGGUGAUUUUGGGAGGAUCAUGAACGUGGCAAAGCGUGCAAAACGCAUUGGGCUUUUAUUUUCGUCGGCGGAGGUGGAUUUCCGACUCGACCCUAAAUGGAUCGGCGAUAUUGGCGAUAUUCAAGUUGGCGAUGAAGUCUUUUCAGACGGCUGCGGGCUUAUAUCGAAGAAGCUCGCGAUUCAAAUCAGCCGAAUCAAACGCUUUUUGUUCAGAGGAACCAGAUAUACCCCUACCGUUUUUCAGAUAAGAUAUCUUGGAUACAAAGGCGUCUUGAUGCUUCAUCCUGAGCUAGAUGCCCAAGGCAAGCACCUGGCCCAAUUCAGGAAGAGCAUGAAAAAGUUCAAUACUACCGUGGACCCAACAUUCUCCGUUGUAGGGUAUUCGAGGCCUUACACUUUCGGGCGUCUGAACAACGAUAUCAUCGUGCUCCUCAGAAGUCUGGGUAUAUCCGACGCGGCCUUCCUCGCUAAACAGCAGAAGUAUUUUGACUGGGUCGCCGGUGCCCCCAAAGACAUUAUCAAAGCGGUCGACUUCCUUUCCUGUCUGGAGGCCUACCCUCUCGCCGAUCGUGUCCUUCUCGAAGGACUUGAUGACAAGGAUGUGAAGAAAGAAAUACGGAGGCUUCAAAAUAGCGAGAUCGCCGGUGCUCGACAAGAGCUGACCAACAAGUUCAAGUCCAGGAUGAUGGUCCACAAGUCGAGGAGGCUAUUCGGCGUAUGCGAUCCGUUCCAGGUGUUGGAAGAAGGGCAGGUGCAUAUCCGUAUUACCAUGGCCAGGAAGGGAGUCACAACUCCGAUUCAUGGUGACGUCAUCAUUGUGCGUAAUCCUUGUCUUCACCCCGGUGAUAUCUUGAAAUUGCGAGCGGUUCGCCAUCCCAAGCUGGAUCAUCUCGUCGACUGCCUCGUAUUUGCGAGUAAGGCUCGUCCUGGCCGUCAUGCACCUCCCUCUAUGAGCAGUGGCGGGGAUCUCGAUGGAGACGAGUUCUUCGUGUGUUGGGAUGCUGAUCUUGUACCUACCAAGAUCUCCGAGUCGUACGAUUAUCCGGGCAAUAAAGAGUUCAACAAGAAGGGUAUCACCCGGAUUGACCUUGGUACUCAUUUCGCGUCUUACAACGCCUCAGGUGUCGCGAGAGUCUCCGCGUUGCAUGCGAAAUGGGCGCGAAGUAGCCCGAAUGGAGCUCUCUGCGUCCAAUGCCAAGAAUUGAACGCUCUCCAUUCGCAGUCUGUGGAUGGGGCAAAUAUCAAGAUACCGGAGAGGCUCUCGACGCCGCCUGAGCAAUCCGAGCCUUACAUUCUUGAUCUACUUGAGGAUGCCUCCGACAAAUUCGCUAAAGAGUUCGCUGAGUCCGCUUCUCGACGAGCAGAGAUCACCUCAAUGGAGGAUGAAGAAGACGCGAAGGCCCUCUUACUACAGCUUUUACGAAGCAAGCAGAACUCCAUAUCCGAAUAUGAAUUAUUCAAUCUCGCAUACCGAUUUGCAACGAAGCACGGCAUUGAUAUCAAGCCAUAUCUUUCCCAACUUGAUUUCUCCGCAUUGACAACUACCGAGAAACACACGCUCAGCGUUACCCUCUCUUUGUCUGCCGUCGAUUAUCCAGAGAUAUGGAAUUCUUUCGUCCGAUCAGAUAUCCUCACCGCAACCGACCUGUAUCAGCGGAACAUACGCCAACCCUUUGCUCUUCACCGGCUUUACUCGUCUCGACAAAGCGGGCUCAGGACAUUCUUUGAGUUUCUGAAAAUGGGUACCCAAGAUUACACGAGGAAGAUAAUUGUCAUUCAGAUGGAUGCAAGGUUUGCAGUGGGCAUAUUCAUUCGCGGAGAGGUCAUCUGGGAAGAGGAAGACCGUGAAAUCAACGAUACAAGCAAUUUGAGCGUUGUUGUUUGCUCGUUCAUGCCAACAACAGCAUCCACUAUCGCCACUCUGCGACCAUGCCCCACGGGCUAUCGACUACAUUGUAGCGAUAAUCGCCUUCAGCUCUACGACAAACAUCUUGGGAAUACCUUCAUUUUUGUCAACCGACCCCCCAACGCUUUAGGCGCGGAAGUGGCCACAAGUAUCGCUCUCCAGAAAAUUUCAGGCACUGUUCAAAAGCAAUUGGGUCGCGUCAACCGGAAUCGAGUUAACGCUAUCGAAAUCCACGUCGUUUCCAACAGAGACCGAGUAGCGCACCAACUAUUUGACCUAUGGUUUGACCAUGUUCCAACAGAAGAAUUUGUGCGUCGCUUCCAACGUGACCCUUCCCCAUAUCAUAUGAACGAUCUCAAGGAUGUCGACUGGGACACGGACGAACUGAUAGAUCUCAGAGGGGCGUUCGUUCGUACCCAACCGGACUCCACCCGACGCUCGGCAAACGCUCUUAAACACAAUGCUGGGUCGAUGGCCGAAUACCUUUCUCGAAGAAUGCUUCCAGAGGUCGAUAAAAUCAUGGCUUUCGCCAUCAAAUACCACGCUGAAGACGAACUGUUCCUUGUUUUUGCGCAUGUCAUCAGACAGGAUCCUCUUCCUCGUCUCUUCGUUAUCACCUGGAUUGAGAAAUAUCCUCCGCUCACGUUUGCGCUUCUCCAAGCUUAUCCCCCUAGUGAAGACAUGGAGCUCCCCCAGGUCCUUGAACCUCUUGCCCACAACAUCCUUCGGAACAUCAUCCGGUCCGCCAACGACACACGAAUUGCGGCUCUCGUUGCCUUGGAGAAAAUCUCAAAGUCGAUCGGCCUGCUAAAUCUCGAGGACUACAUCGGUUUGCUCAUGUUGACGGCCCUCUCAGUUCGGUCGAAGCAGCUCGUCCAAGAAGUCCUCCUUGUCCUCAACGACAGUAGGCUGCAACAUUGCCCGCCAUCUCCAGCUUCAGCGUAUGGUCAUAAACCCGCUCUUGGAGUUGCAUUUGAUCGUGCAGAAGAAGCUGCGGACGAAUGCCCCUGCAACGAAGAUGGACGUCCCCGCAAGAAGCAGAGGACGCCUCCAUCCCACGCAAAACUCGCAUUUGCACCAGGCUAUGACACAAACUCGCAGAUUGUUGCCAGUGUUCGCAUCGACGCGAGAAGUUCGAUCCGAUUGCACUCCCAUGUUCGCUUGCAAGCAGCGUCGAGAGCCGAGAACCGCUGGAUAAACGCACCCAUUAUGGAUGGUCUUGUUGUGCAGGCUAUGAAGGGUGAAUUGAAGAUCAACCUCUUGCACCCUGCGCCUCCGGAGAUGGAGAUAAUGGACUGGAACUUGUAUGAUGCUGGGAGCAUUGCGACUGCAAAUGCCAUGAUGGACGCUGUUCAGCGCCUCCUGCUGGAACGCCACAAAUGUUGCAAAUUUUAUCAUCUCAUUGUCGGAGACGAAGAGGCGGCCUCUGAAUCGGGUCGAGAAGAACCUGAACAACAGGCGGAGUUCGAAGAGGAGGCAUUACCUCCUGUCGGUGAAGAGCGAAACCCAGCACCAGCAAAUCUAAAUGAAAGUCAAGCAACUGCGAUGAGAUCUUGGACAACGCCUCUGGCCCUCAUUUGGGGCCCUCCUGGUACUGGAAAAACGACCGUAAUCGUGGAGAUGCUCCGAGAUAUUCUCCAAAGCCACUCCCACAAGCCGAAGAUUCUUAUGACAGCGUCGACCCAUAACGCCGUUGACAACGUCCUGGAACGAUUUAUUGCCAUAAAUGAACCUGGAGGUCUUCUGCUCGAAGAACAGAUCCUUCGUGUGGCCACGGACCAAUCGCGGGUGAAUCCAUCGUUGCAACAUUAUACCAUCAACGCUCGUGUUGGAGGGGAUACGAAUGAAAAUAAUCGACUGCUGAAGCAAGCUCAAGAACGGGUUGAACGCGCUGUUCUUGUCUUCACUACUUGUGCUGGGGCUGGACUUGGAAUCUUGCGCAAAGUCGACUUCGAUAUUGCCUUGAUCGAUGAGGCCUCCCAAAUAACGGAACCUUGUGCGCUCAUUCCACUCGUCAAAGGGAUCAGUAGGGCAGUCAUUGUUGGAGACCAUGUUCAGUUGCGGCCAACGGUUCGGAAUAUGGCAAAGGCGCUAGAAUAUGACGUAUCUCUCCUUGAGCGGAUGUAUACAACCAAUGAAGACAGACCCGGGUUGGCGAAGACUAUGCUGGAUAUCCAAUACCGCUCUCCUCGAGAAUUGAACUCAUUUCCCUCGAGCGAAUUCUAUGAUGGAAGACUUAGAACCAACGAAGGAAACGCGGAGGUCUCCAAUUUCUUAUCCCUUUCCCAAUUUCCUUGGCCUACUCGGAAUGGUGUCGUUAUUCCUACGGUGUUCAUCCAAUGCAGCGAGGAAGAAGACAUGGGGGAUCGUUCGAAGAGCAACCAAGGGCAGAUCGAGGUCAUCCAUAGGCUAUUGCCUCUUAUCGCGGCCCAAAAACCAGAUACUACACCAGAGCCAAGACUAGCGCAGCUGAAGACAACAAUCCUCUCUCCAUAUACAAAACAAAUCCAAGCAUUACGACAGAAGUUACCCUCUGCUUUCACUUGUUCCACCAUCGACUCUUUCCAGGGAAGAGAAAGCGACAUCAUUGUGUUUUCGACAGUCCGCUGCAAUGUUGAUGGCGAUGUAGGAUUCUUGGACGAUAAACGCAGAUUGAACGUCAUGUGGACGAGGGCGCGUCUCGGCUUGAUCAUUGUUGGUGAUCGAACAACGCUGAGCAAGAAUACUCUCUGGGAGCGGGCUGUGAACGCCUGCACUGAGGUGCAGCUGCCUCUGUGA